AUGGUCAGCUUCAACUACCAGUGCGUCUCGCAGCUGAAUCGUAUACGAAAUCUUGACGGUGUCGUUCGUCUGUCCUCCAGCCAUCAUCUAUGGUGCGUGUUGAAAGUCGGUGCUGCUUCCUGUUUGAAGAGCUUGGAACGCCGGACCGGAGGAAAAUUACACAAGUCAACAGUUCCCACUUAUGUCGUACAUUCGAUGUCGUCGAGCCUGGAUACCCGAUUUUCGCGUGCUCGCCUGAAGGACUCGCCGGUAGUUUCGCGUUUUGUGUUUUGUAGGCCACAAGACGACCUGAUAAAAAUCACAGUCAUAAAUGAAUACGCAUGCAAAAGACCACCUCCUUCUGUGUCCAGUCAAAAGAGAUUUUCAAGUAACAUGCCCCACGCCGGCAUUUCUCGCUCGAAAGCGAAAACACAGACUGGCACCUCUUUCAGCAAGUGA